GAGAGAGUCCUGCAGUUUGACUGUCAAUGAACAAUUCACUACCUGCCUGCAAUAAAGCUUAUCCACCGCUAGAGCCCAGGGAUUUCACCUCGUCCUUGAGAGACCAGCACAAAUCAACCCAAAUAAAACAUCCCGACACUGUUCACCUCUACCGGAGGGUCGUUUUCCUUCGAGACACGUGGACGAAGCCGUACACAGCAUUAGGUAGAGGCAGACACAAGGACAAAACUCUUUCACCACAAGGAGCCUCGACUGACUGGAUGUCUUCCAAGCGACCAGCCUCUCCAUAUGGGGGAACAGAUGGAGAGGUAGUCAUGGUGACGAGCAGACAGCGAUUGGAGGAUGAAGAGGUUGACGGACAUGCUGUCAUUCACUUGCCCCUGAGUACGUACUGCAGAAAAGUGUCCCCGCGAUCUCCACGACUGCUCGACAGCCCCCCAACACUACACGCGAACAUGGAUCAGGAUGGCAGUAAAGGCCUGGCCCUGAGCCCUUACCCCCAGCACAACUCUUCUACCUCACCCAGUAAGCAGCAGCAGCAGCAGCAGGAGGAGGGGUCCAUGCGGCCGGGGAGCGAGCCCAGCUCCGCUUCAGCUCUGGGCACCCCGGAGAGACGCAAGGGCAGCCUGGCCGACGUGGUCGACACGCUCAAACAGCGCAAGAUGGAGGAACUCAUCAAGAACGAGCCAGAGGAGGCCCCCAGUAUUGAGAGGCUGUUGUCUAAGGACUGGAAGGACAAGAUAUUGGCCAUGGGUUCUGGCAACUUUGGAGAGAUCAAAGGCACCCCGGACAGCAAACUGGCCGCUUCGCAGAUCGAAAAACAGCGCCAGCAAAUGGAGUUAGCGAAACAGCAACAGGACCAGAUUGCACGACAACAGCAGCAACUUCUGCAGCAACAACACAAAAUCAACCUCCUGCAGCAACAGAUCCAGCAGGUCCAGAGUCAGUUGCCUCCACUGAUGAUACCCGUGUUCCCUCCAGAUCAGAGAACUCUGGCGGCCGCUGCAGCACAACAAGGAUUUCUACUUCCUCCGGGGUUCAACUACAAACCAGGCUGCAAAAUUUCAAACCAGAUUGCUGAAAGCGGAGUCUUCAACCCAAUGUUGGGCAGCAUCUCCCUCCUGUCUGUCUUCUGUCACUUCUCCCUCUGUCUGUCCUCUCUCUUUCUCUUUCUGUCUCUCUCUGUCUCUGAGCAGCAGUUGUAUGCAGCUCAGCUAGCUGCCAUGCAGGUGUCUCCGGGGGCCAAACACAGCACAGUGCCUCAGGCCAACCUGGCAACCGGAACACUCUCGCCCACCAGCGGCCAGAGCGAGAAAAACAGAAGCACCCCGCCACCAAAGCCCAAGGACGAGGGCGCUCAGCCCUUGAAUCUGUCGUCCAAGCCUAAGGCAUCCGAGAGCAAGUCACCCACCUCCCCCGCUUCCCCACAGGUCCCUGCCCUGAAGCUGGGCCCCGGGUCCCUGAAGCACAGCGCCCCCUCCAGCAUCGGAGGACCGCCGUCCAGACUCAGCUCCAUAGACCUACUGUCAUCCAUUACCUCCGGCGGCUACCUGAACGACCAUGAGGCAGUGACCAAAGCUUUCCAGGAGGCCCGACAGAUGAAGGAGCAGCUAAAGAGAGAACAGCAGGUUCUGGACGCCAAAGUAGCAGCAGUCAACAGCCUGAGCCUCAACAACGGUCGCGCAGAGAAGGAUAAAGCCGCUCUUGAAAGCCUGAGCCAACAGUUAAAACAGUCUGAAGAGAGCAAGUUCACUCAUGCAAUGAUGGACUUCGGCAUCAGUGGCGAUUCAGAUGGAAGCCCGAGUGUGUCAGACUCACGGAUCUUCAGGGAGGCUCGAGGACGUGGCAGCAGCGAACCGCACAUCAAGCGGCCCAUGAACGCCUUUAUGGUCUGGGCUAAAGAUGAGAGGAGGAAGAUCCUUCAGGCUUUCCCUGACAUGCACAACUCAAACAUCAGCAAGAUCCUUGGUUCUCGUUGGAAAGCCAUGACCAACCUGGAAAAGCAGCCAUAUUAUGAAGAACAGGCCCGUCUUAGUAAGCAGCACCUAGAGAAAUACCCAGACUACAAAUACAAACCACGGCCCAAACGCACCUGCCUAGUGGACGGAAAGAAAUUGCGCAUUGGUGAAUAUAAGGCCAUCAUGCGCAACCGCAGACAGGAAAUGCGGCAGUACUUCACCGUAGGGCAGCAGGCCCAGUUGCCCUUGUCCUCAGCGGGCGUUGUGUACCCAGGCACGCUCUCUAUGGCAGGAAUGCCCUCUCCACAGAUGCCCUCUGAGCACUCGAGCAUGUCUAGUAGCCCCGAACCAGUCCCACCCAGCAGCCAGCCCUCUUACCUCACACACAAGAGGGAGGGGCCUCGCAUUAAGGAGGAGGAGCUCCGAAUGGAUGACGGCAAUGGCGAUGCCUACGAUGAGUUCGACUACGAAGACGAUGACUAUGGCAGUGACAGCGAGAAUCACAUCACUCAGUAAACCUGCCAAUCACAGCCAUCUCACCAGUCACCUGGCAUCUCACGCAAGCAAACUUCAUUCCGCCCCCAUACACCGUCCAAUCAGGAAUCCUCCAGAGCCAAGCCCGAUAUCCACAGCAAUGCACAGGACCUGUCAAUCAAAGUGACUGUUACAUGGAAAGGAGGGUCUUGUAAAGGAAGUAUAACACUUGCCUAGACAUAGGAAAAAUUACCCUUAACCGGUUUGUUGUCGAGACAUUUAUUACUAAGGACCUGUCAGUCGACCCGUCAUAGACACUUUAAAAUGGUGGACCUGAUUGUUUCUAAAGAGACACUUUUAAACAACUUUUUUUCUUGGUUCUAUAAUAUUCUCACUCAGGUACACAGUGCCAACAGGUGGCUUGUGAAUGUGAUUGUUGUUUUUGUGCUACAGUUUUAAUAGAGAAAAAAUACAUUUAUUUUCCUCUUCACCGUAAAGCACCUGACAGGAGUAAAAUGACAAACAUUUUCUAUUUUUUUUUCUCUUCGGCGUGCUAUUAGCUGAAUCUCUUUCUAUCAUCCUCACGCCCAUGUCCUCUCACUCAAAGAUGUCUUUUCUGUUGGACGAAAGGAUGGAAGGGAGGAUUCGCGUCCCUUCACUCAGGAGUUCGGACAUCGCUGGAUGACAGACAAUCCCUCCUUCCUCACAUCUUUUCCUCUUGACACGCUUUUACUGUUCCUUUCUCCUCUUCUGUGGGAGCUUUGGAUGUUGACGUCUCUCUCAGGUGUGGAGACAAACUUUACGAGAUAGCACAAACUUUGUGUUUGGUGAACAGCUGACAUGGCGAUGGUUUUCGUGGAGAGUGAAGCCUCGAGCAGAAUUAUUGUACACGUGCACAUUUCUUUAUGUUUGUGUGUGUGUGUAGAUGAAUGCGCAUUUUGCUAGGUUUUAAGUUAAUUUUUAUUACAUGUAGACGGUUGAUGUGCUGGUCAUGUGAACAUUUACAAAAGGAAAAAACAUUAAUAUUCAAUACGUACGAUUCAUGCUAGCAGCCAUAUCUGUGCUGAGGGAAGCCAAAUGUUUAAUAAUAACGCUGCAUUUAUCAUUCUUUUUGUUUUUAUUUUUAGUCCGAUCAUUCGUUUGAUAAUUUUUUUUUUCCAUUCUCAUUGUCUCCCUGAACAACCUGUUUCUGUCAUCGCUGGGUGCAGGGAACACUGCACCUCAUUCUGAAAGGAAAAGAGGAGACGCGGAGAGAAAAGCUCUCUAGAGGAGAGUCUGUGCUUGAAUGGCGUAUUGAAGGAGGAGAAUAGAGUUCCCACAAGCCCCGGUGCUCUGUUUUCAAAGGACAGCUCUGAGAGAAACCAGGGAUCUAUGUACAAGACAAGCACGAGUGUGCGUUUCAAUCAGCGCCACUUAAUAUAUCUCACAUCUCUACUCCUCCGCAGGGAUUUGUGUUUUGUCUCUCUCUCCUCUUUUUUUCCAUCUAUCACUCGGUUUAUCAGUGCAGAGGAGUCUCCGAGCCGUGCCAUCAGUCAUCCGCUCUCUGUGUGGCUCUGACUGACCCACUCCAUCUUACUGCACCUGUGUGGCUGCUGUUGGCACGUCGAUGGCGUUUGAUUGACGGCUGCCCUAACUGUAACUACCCUGCCAGCCUCUCUCUGGCCUGGUGUGGGCAUAAGCGGGCAGCUGGAUGAGAGAGACACAAGCUGUUAGGUGAACAGCAGCCAGACUCCAGCCAUUAAUAUCUGUGUUUUUUCCCCUUUACAUCUACCCAAAGGCCGUCCACUCACAACACAUAUCAAAUUAUAUAUUUAGAAUGCACAUGUAUAACUAAAAACAUAUUUGAAUUUUCUGGCCUACUUGAGAUUUUUUCUAACGAUAAAUGUUAAAGGUACUCUGACCCCUGUAGUGCUAGCAAAGUGAUGACCAAUGGCAUUUUGCGUGUUCAUCUUUGUCUAGUUUAUUCGGUUCGAUGAGGUCCAGUCCCGUCUGUUGUUUGUAUUUGUGUUUUGCCUCCAUGUCAACGUCACUCUGCUGUCGAGGUUGGGAGGAGCCGUUUCAGACUCUGCGUGUUAAUGUUUUAGUUUGUAUUUGCAAAUACUGUAUUUUACUUUCAUUAAAACUGCCUCUAGUGUAAUAAUAUUAUUAACAAUAAUUAUAAGAAUAGGCAGCAUUUCCUAAGUUUAGUAAGUUAUGUACAGUAUAAUUUAUUAUUUUCCUCCAUUUGGAUUUUUUUUUAUGAUCGUAUGGAAACUGCGCUUGAUAAAGCAUUAUAUUUAGCUGGGUAGGUAUUUAGAUCUAAUCAUUAUGUUCAAUAUUCUGUUUUUUUGUUCUCCUUUUUUAUUUUAUUUGCUCUUGUUUUUUUGUUGAAUUAAUCCUGUUCUGACGCUGAUAUAUCUCUGAGAAAGUAGUCACGGUGAACUGCUGAUAUGAAGGAAAAGAGACAUUUCUCUUUUUUUCAUUUUCUUUUUCUCCUCCGUGCAUCGUUCAUGAACUCCAAACACAUUUCUUAAAGCACUAGGACUCUGGACACUCGGAGUCAAACUUAAGAAGAACAUGAUAUUUUUAUUUGUAAUGGUUUAUGUAUAAUGUGAAGUUUCCUUUCUGUUAAUUCUCUUUUUCUUUUACUGAAGAUCAAGAAAACGGCUAUAUUAUACCCCAAUUGUCAUUGAACAGAAAGAGCGUGGAACUUGUUUACUGAUAUUUGUCAUCCUCUCUCUUGUUUCAUUGGAACAUCACUGGUUUAGAAAAAUGCAUUUGUUUACCUAUUUUGUCAAAUUUGGGUACAGUUACAGUACACAGCACCUAACCCUUAAAAGGAUAGUUCACCCAAAAAAUGAAAUUGACCAAGCCUAUAUGUCUUACUUUCUUCUGUAGAACACCAAUGGAGACAUUUAGCAGAUUGUCCAAGCUGCUCUCUUCCAUACAAUAAGAGUAGAUGGGGACCAGGGGUUCUGAAAAUAAAAAAAUGCAUUAUAAAAGAGGUCCAAACAGCUGUGUUAUAUUCCUAAGUCCUCUGAAGCCAUAUAACAGCUUUGUGAGAGAAAAAGACUGAAAUGUAAGUCAUUAUUCCCUGAAAAUCUUGCUUGAGCACGCCAUUCACUUUCAUUAUGUGCAAAACAGCAGCUUGGACAUUCUGUUAAACAUCUUUAGUGCUUCACAGAAGAUUAAAAGUGAAACGGGUUUUGAAAGAUGGUGGCAGGUAAACUAUCCCUUUUAAUCAGAAGACAUGACUUUUCUGAAUUGAUCAAACUGUCUGAUUCCAGUAAAGCUCCACUGAAUGGCCAUAUUAGAUGUUUUUAUCUCCAGAAUUGUUUUAGCUCCACACACUGUCUCCCUCUGUCAAUCGAGCUCACAGUAGUGACAUCACAAUCACACCUUGUCAGAUAACAAAAGUCACAAUCACAGAAUAGCCACCAUCUGAUGUGACCAUGCUUUCACAUUUAGUAAUUCCCACAAUCAUAUCAAUCGAUAGGGACACGUAUGCUGGCUGGUUUAACAUACAAGGUCACGUUCUGUCAACAAAUUAUCUGUCAGCAUGGUAACCUCAUAGUCUUUAGAACUCAUACUCUGAUAAUGAUGGCCUGUAUUAUGAACAAUAAUUGAUAAGACAAUCAAAGUCAUGUGUGGAGCUCAAAACAACGGUAAAUGACAUCAAACAAAAAGUACUUAGAAACUUAUCUUACCAUCUCAACUUGAAAAUCGAGAAAGAUAAUUAUGUAAAUAUAGCAUAGAGUUAUAGAUUUAUAUUUUGUUCAUAACACGGUGUAAUACAAGUUGUAUAUUUCUUUCUCUCUUUUAUUGAUGUUAUUCAUGCCACACUAAAAGCAAGAGUUUUACUGUACUCUUAUGGAAAAAAACAAACAAAAAAAAAGCAAGCUGUGGGUUACCACCAUCUGUUCUAAGUUGACGUUUUUCAGUAUUACUGCCAGUCAAGGCUCAAAUAAAAACAGCAACGUGUUCUGUA